CAUAAAACUCAGUUCAAAUUAUAUUCUCGUAUAGACCGCUUCGCAUCCAACAAAAUAAUAGUCAAAAGGAAAAAAAAAAUUGUAUUUACAAAUCUCAAUAUAUUUCCACAAGGAAAUUCUGUGUUUUGAAAAGAAAAGUGAUACAACUCUAUGGUAAUUUUUAUUUAGUUUUAGAUUCAAAAGAUCAAGCCGAGAAAAUGUUGAACUGUACAAAGAUCCUGACCGAUCAGCUGGGCUUCUCGGAGGAUAAACUCGCUUUCCUUGCCGGUUUUGGUAGAUUUGUGAGCGGUCUUCGUCCCACCCAUAAGACGCUGAUGUGUGUGGGCGCUGCCACUGUGACCUGUAUGCUGGUGGGUCUUACUGUCAAGUCGCUAAAGAAGAGUGGAAAGUCGAACCGCAACGGAAAUGGUUACAAAAACGGAAACGGAAGUGAAGACGAUGAUCUAGCUGCAUGCAAAAUGAAGCGCAUGUCGAUCAAUAUAGUGAGCGGAUCGCAGAUUAAUCCCAAUAUGCCGGUCAUGGGUAUGGAUAAUGAUACCUUGCCACCGCAGGAUCCACUGCAAGUGGAUCAGGGACUCGGCGAGCAGGAUACGAUCGCUAUUAUAUCAAAGUAGGAAGAAUGGAGACAAGGAUAUGACCAAGCGCCGUUAACAUUCAACAAAGUAAUAACUAUAAAUCAAUAUGAUAUAUAUCAUUUCAUAUGUAUAUAUUUUGUAAUUUGUCAAGCCCCCCCCCCAUAUGCAAUCAGAA